AUGGAGUUAUCAAUGCCCCCACCACAGAUAUAUAUCGAAAAAACUUUGGCCAUUAUCAAGCCAGAUAUUGUUGACAAAGAGGAGGAGAUACAAGAUAUUAUUCUCAGAUCUGGAUUCACCAUUGUUCAGCAAUGUCAUGUUAGUCUAAGAGCAAUUUAUGGUACAGAUGAUCUAAGGAAUGCACUUCAUGGGAGUAAUAACUUUGCUGCAGCAGAAAGAGAAAUUCGAUUCAUGUUUCCUGAAGUGAUAGUUGAGCCAAUUCCAGUUGGACAAUCUGCUAGGGAUUAUUUAAAUUCAUAUGUAAUGCCAACUCUGCUUGAAGGACUCACAGAGCUUUGUAAGCGAAAACCAGCAGAUCCUUUCACUUGGUUAGCUGAUUGGCUGCUGGAAAAUAAUCCUAACAAACCAAAACUCUGUCAUCGUACAACUACAGAAGAACCUUAUUAA